AUGCAUCGCGACGAGAAGCCUUUUGUAUGCGAAUAUGAAGAUUGUAAUGCAGCGUUUCGUCAACGUCAACACCUAGUCGAUCACACAUUUAUACACACAGGAGAGAAACAAUUUGAAUGUUCGACCUGUUCGAAAGCAUUUCAGACACGUAAACGUUUACAGGAUCACCUGUACAAGGUACAUUCUAGUCAUCGCUAUAAUUGUGAUCGUUGUGAAAAGUCAUUCCUCAAACCACACCUUCUUAAAAAUCAUCUUUUUUCUGCACAUAAAGUUGGAAUUGACGAUGUCUCACAUUUAAAAAUUAAAUUAUCACCAUUGGAUCAAUUGAAACGCCAAAAGAAAUAA